AUGCCGAAAAUUAAUCUUGCGGACAUGGCUAACUAUUAUGAGUUGCUUAAGCAACUUCAUAAUCGGACUGGAAAUGUUUCCUUUAUAAACUACACUGAUGACUUUGUGAACAUAUCAUCGUUUAAUUCGUCCCAGUCUUAUCUCUUCGAACGGGUUACACGCAACAAAGAUGUUUGGGAUUACCUGAAGGGCGCUCUUGGGGUCAGAAGAGAACCAAUUGAGACAGUCAGCGCAAUAACGUGUGUUUAUGCCUUUAUAUUCCUAUCCGGUAUCUUUGGAAAUAUAUGCACGUGCGUAGUGAUAAUUAAAAACAAGUACAUGCACACGGCGACGAAUUACUAUCUUUUUAAUUUGGCAGUUGCCGAUUUGUUGUUGUUAGUCAUCGGUCUUCCACCGGAGACCUAUUCUGUUUGGUACGCAUAUCCUUGGAUAUUUGGUGAGGUUUUCUGCGUAGCGCGGACAAUGCUUGCAGAAAUGUCCACCAAUGCCAGCAUUCUAACGAUCACAGCAUUUACAAUAGAAAGAUAUGUGGCCAUAUGCCAUCCGAUGAUAGCGCACACGAUGUCCAGUCUUAAGAGAGUCGUCCGCAUUAUCGUGGGUAUUUGGUUCCUGGCGGCCGCCAGUUCGGUCCCGGUCACGGUCCAGUUCAAGCUAAUCUACGCGGUGGACCUUCUGAAUCGCACUAUACCCGAGUCAGCCUAUUGCGGCAUCAAAGAGAACAACCACAUCGAACGGACAUUUGAAAUCUCCACAUUCCUUUUCUUCGCGUUCCCGAUGACUCUCGUGAUAGUGCUGUACUCCAUGAUAGCGAUCGCCAUCCGGAGGUCGGAACUCAUUCGGGACGGUUCGGACAACGCGCAUUGGGAGGGAUUGACAGGCGUUGAAAUAAGAGCGCAGCAACAGGCGCGUGCAAGGCGUUCCGUGCUAAAAAUGCUCGUUGCUGUGGUGGUAGCAUUUUUCGUUUGUUGGGCGCCAUUCCACGCUCAACGUCUUAUGAUACUGUAUAUUCCCGCAGUGAAAUGGACCGAUAGCCUUUCAGACGUCCACAAGGUGAUCUACUACGUCUCUGGCGUGUGUUAUUUCUUAAGCUGUACGAUAAACCCGAUACUUUAUAGCAUAAUGUCGCUGAAGUUUAGAAAAGCGUUCAAACAGACAGUCCUCAAGCCGAAAUGUUGUAGGCGGAAAGAGCACUAUUCUAAGAAACGGUCCUUUUUCUCGUAUCGUUUUUCACACAGGAACGGCUACUCUGAAACAAGUUUUACUUCAAUGGACGGGGCUUCUCCGGCCAGAGGCAAAUUUAACUGCAACUCUGACCAUAUCUCAUCAGGGAGCAAACGCGUUCAGAGGCCAUCGGUUUCCAAUAGCAACCAAACUGACCGCAAAGAGAGGGAACCGUUUGUUCAACCUUCUGUUUGCGCGCUUAACAAAAUCAGAGAAGAAGCAAGCGAAUCAGAUAUUUGUUUAAAUGGUCCAACUGACCGUGAAGUAGGUCACAAAAGCAAUAACUACAUUUCGUGCGAAGUCACAAAGGUUUGUUCUAUUGAAAAUGGCCAGAUGGGAAAUGGUCAUAAAGACACGUUCAUUUGUAUGAAGGAAAAUGACGUGACAAACAAAACCAUAUUGGACACGGACGAGUUUUGA